UAUUGUUUUAUUGUUGGAUUUUUUUUUGCUAAUGCUCGAGCAAAGUGUACAGUGUAACUAGUCAAAGCUUUUACGUUUUCUUUACAACUUUUCAUUCAUUUUAUUUAUUUACGAUUAUUUUAUCAUAGUGAAUAUUCCUGUAUACAACCACACAAAUUAUUUGGUUUGAAUUAGGAGCUGGUAAAAAAGUGUAUAGAGGAGAGCAAUACUCGUUUAAAUCUUACUCGAAGGAUAAAUAAAGUUUACAAAACGAUACGGUGGAUAAAGAUUUAGCUCUUACCGAGCGCGUUUAUCCUUCCAACGUGAGAGGUAGCUUGGCGUUCAUCGGCGAAUCAUCGAAAGCUCUUGCAUUCUCGAGUCGAGGAUAAACUACAUGCAUGGAAAUAAAUAACACCGCCAACAUGCGUACAGUGUACUUAUCCCCAUUAGAAUUUUUUCUUUCACUCGGUCUGUGGAGUUAAGCAUUGGUACAUGCUAAAAAAAUGCAACGAGGUCGCUCCGACUACGUAUCGUCUCAGUAUAUACGUAAUCGAAUGAUUUCCAUGUCCCAUUAGUCGUUACCAUUACGGAACGAUAAUGCCAACGAAAACACGAGUCCCAAAUAAGACGUCAGAGCUCAUAUCGUUGCGUGCUAGGUAUUUUUUUCCAAAUUGCCUUCUCGUCCGAGUAUAAAACCAUCACGAUCCUACCGAUCUCAGUCCAAAUCGGUAAACCAGCCAACAGAAGCAGCACUCAGAUUCUCACUGGAAAUGUCACCGAAGCUCGUGAUUGUCUUGGCACUCGCACUGAUAAGUUCCCUCGUAGCUGAAGAAAUCACGGAUACUUUGGAGAAGGUCGGCGACGAGUCAGAGACGAGUUCCGAGGUACCGGCCAGUCACGAGGGCUGUGAUUUACCGGCGAUGGUCUCCACUAUGGAAACUAAGGUCCACGGCAAUGACGCUGAGCCGAAAACGAGCGCCGAACACAUCGAUGAUUCUCACGGGGCAUGGACGAGCAACGAGGAGGAAGAGGAGAGUCGCGAAAACUCGGGGUCGGGGAGGAGCGGUGGUGGUUCAACGGGUGGCUUGCUGAUGGCCAGGAUCGACAAACUUCGACAGGUGGACAAUCGGGAGGAUACCUUUCGUAUCAUCGAUCCGCGCAAUUUGCCGCAGACUCAGCUCGUCGACAACGCACUGCGGUUUAUGGCGAUAAAAUCAUCCGUAGACGACUUGGCAAUGAGAAUAUUCCCGAACCUCCGUAUGCUCCAUCGCACGAGCGAAGAUCGCAUGUAAGACAAAAACAAACGUCAGCCGAGAGUCUCCUCAACGAGUACACGAUUCCAAAUAAAUACCUCGGCAAUUUCGUAACAACAAA